UUUCCAUAUCCACUCGUUCAUCUCUUUACUGAUGAGCCCUAAAAAAGUUCAUCCCAUCCCAGACUUCAAAUCUUGGUUUUCUUCUUCGUUUCCUUCUCCCCCGCCCUUCAUUCCUUCACCGUCGCAACCCACUACUCAAACCCUACCAACCCAGAACUCAAACACUUCAAUUCCUUCACCGUCGCAACGAUCUUCUUCUUCAUCGCAACAAUCAUCUUCUUGACUGUAAACAAUCCUCUUCUUUUCUAUUCGAAUGCAAAUUUGGUGGGUACACAUUCAUAUAUGUUAGGUUCGAUAGCAGUCGAGGUUCUUCCAUUAGGUUACAUAACCUAUUGAACUGGAACCACCGUGACGGAGUUCGAAUGGUAACCGGAACCACCGUGACGGAGUUCGAAUGGCUACAUCGUUGAACCCUUCAAGUUUCUCGGAUAUCCAUGUGGAUGAAUUUUACUUGAAGGGUUCCUUGGAUUUGGGGUCGUUGGCUCAAAUGAUGGCUUCUGACAAAAGGUUAGGAAAUAAAAACCAAGCUGGCAUGGGUGAACCCCUAUCUCAAUACGAAUCUCUUCAGGCACGGAUAAAGGCCAUGUCAUCUUCAAAUUCACCUCAAAAUCUCAGUCUGAAUGUGUCUGAUAUUGGUCUCAAUUCAUCCAUUCCAGAAGGGGCUGCUGGAAGCAUAAAGCGGUCUAUUUUGUCUGAGGGAGGUGUAUUGCAGGUUUAUUAAGUAAAGGUUUUGGAAAAAGGUGACACUUACGAGCUGUUUCAGAUCAUUGAGCGAAUCUUACCCAAGAAGCAAAAGGUAAAGAAAGAUCCUGCAUCAAUUAAGAAGGAGGAAAUGGAUAAAAUUGGAAAGAUUUGGUUAAACAUUGUAAGAAGAGACUUACCAAAGCAUCAUAGGAAUUUUACUACUCUUCAUCGAAAGCAACUCAUUGAUGCUAAGAGGUGCUCAGAGUUCUGUUAAAGAGAGGUUAGAAUGAAAAUUAGUAGAUCACUUAAAUGGAAUAGGGGUGCUAGCAUUCGCACCUGGAAACUAGCUAGAGACAUGUUGCUGUUCUGGAAACGAAUAGAUAAGGAGAUGGCCGAAGUGAGAAAAAUAGAGGAGAAAGAAGCGGUUGAAGCUUUGAGACGUGAACAGGAGCUUCGAGAAGCUAAGAGACAGCAACAAAGGCUUACCUUUCUGAUACAACAAACUGAGCUCUACAGUCACUUUAUGAAGAAUAAGUCAGAUUUACUAUCUCCGGAAGUUGCAGGAGCGAGUUUUGACAAUGCUUUUGACAAUGAAUGUUUGAGGCUGCGACAGGUGGGUGAAGCUGAUUCACUUACGCAUGAAGUUGGAGGAGCGAGUAAUAUUGAUUUGCAAACCCCAUAAAUUAGAAGUUGAUUUGUGCAUUGUUGGAAAGUCAAUUAUGGCCAUCGAGAGUCACGUUCGACUGGAGGGAACUAGUUUUAUUAGGGAGCAAAUUAGUAUAUAU